AUGGACGCGCACACCCUCAACGCAUGGACCCGCUUUGCCCUUCAAAAGGGCGGCAUCGGCUCGUGCACCGCCCUCAUCGACAAUCCUGCCACAGAACCAGAGGAUCUUAUGUUCAUGGCAGGCGAGAAGAUCAUCGUCCUUCGUAGACUCGACGACGACGCAAGCACCCACGACUCCUACGCCCGCCCCACCAGCAGCACUAGCGCAUCCCUCAAGACGCUGCCCGAAUCCGAAGCCUGGUUCCUCGGAUACUGCGAAGGCGUCGUCGGUCGGUUCAAAGGCGCUCACGUUCAAUUCCACGGUCGCCUCAAAAAGCCCGUCUUGAUGCGACGCAGCGCAGCAGGUAGCAUACGCGACUCUAGCAUGCGUCCCAUGUCCAAGAGCGAGGCUGCCAAGAUGCAUCUCUCCCAGGUGCCCGCAGGCAUCCCCUUCACUGCCGUCAACUCGGAUGGCGAGGAGGACUCGGGCAUCCUUUCACCUGUUGAUCGAAGCACCCAAAUGCUUUCUUUGCCCACUCCGCCCUCGGCUGGAUCGCUCACUUCAUCUUCCAACGUCCGCACCCCUGCAGGCGCGGGGACUACAGCGGCGUUCAAACAGGGCAGGUUCGGUCUCAACACGCCCCCACCUUCGGAUGAAGACCAUCUCCGCAAGCAACCCGUCCCACAAAGGCCGAGCCUGCAAGACGACGAUGAGGAUUCCGACGAUUCCACCUCGAUGCUUCCGUGGGCAAGACACAGUCGGGCAAGCAGCAACGCCUCGUCCGCUGGCCCCGCUUCCAAGCCGGUCGCAGUGACCACCCGCAAUGGUUCGCUCAUACGCCCCGUCGCACCCUCCCGCUCUUCAUCUGUCUCGAGCAAUUUGCCCACCAUUCAGCAAAUGCCGCCUUCGCCUAUCUCGUCUACCGAAUCGCCCGUUGCCCUCGAGCCGGACAUGACGCUCCCUUCCAUCACCACCACGUCCAGCUCGCGUUCCAACUCUCGUUCGGGCAACACGUCCGGCUCGACCACGCUGCCAGGCGCCAGCACGCCAGCCGACUUCUCGCGGACCUCCUUCACCUCGUCCAACAGCACCGUCUCCACCAACGACGACUCGGACGACGAGCAAGCCAUCGAGAACCGACGCCGCGACUACGCGCUGUCCAUCUACGACGUCUACGGACGAGACUCGGUCGCGUUCCCCAACUUUGACUUUCGUCAACACGGUAGCAACUCAUCGCUCGCCAAGCUGGCUGCUUCCAAGUCCAAAGAUUCGCUUUACGUGCCUAGCCAACGCUCGUCGAGCGCCACGGAUGACAGGCUGCAGCUCCCGCCAUCGCCUCAGCAGCGACCUCAGCAUUUGCGCCCGCAGCAGCCACCAGCAGUUGCGUCUGAGAACGCGUCAGCUCCGCGCCAGCAGCAGCAGCAGGGGCAGCAGCAACAGCCACCCAUGCAGCAGGUACUGCAACCACGUCGCCCGGGUCAGCUCACCAUCUCGGCUCCCGGCGAUCCCAUGAUUCCUGCCGCAUUGCGAUCGCCAUCCGGGCGUCGUCCCAACAUGGCACCGGAUCCGAGAUCGACCGGCGUCCAUGGUGCGCGUGUCCCGCCCAACAUGGCUUCGAGCUUGCGUCGUCAAGUCGAGACGCCGCCUGCCACGACGGCAGCCACUCCGGUCUCGCCUCUCGACGCCGCAGGCGCCGCUCUUGCCGGCCACCCGGCUGCGGGCCCUCCUCCGAGCAUGCGUGGGCCUGGAGCCUUUGAUCCGCGUCGUCGACCUUCGGGUCCCAACACGACACCUCCCGCUCGCAUGCAGCCGAAUGGUCUGCCUCCCAUCUUCACGGGAGCUCCGGGAGCAUCCAUGUCCUCCACCGCGACAACAUCAAACUCAGGCUCUAGCUCGUCGCCACCCGGCUCUGCUGGCACCUACAAUAGCCAAGACCCUGCCAGCCUUCAUCGCCCCGGCUUUGCCGAGGCGCGUGAUCGUCGUCGAUCCGUGUCUAUUGGCACCCCCAACAAGGUUGAGAACCUUGAGUUUAACCAACGCGUAGAAGGCAUGCCCGGCACUUCGCCCGAAGCGUUGCCAUCGCCUCCCAUGCUUCCUGGACUCGACUCGGCUGGACGGCCCAACUUCCGCACUUCGGCUGGCUCGGCACGCUCGCGCACCGGCCCAGCGACGUCACCUGGACUCGGACCCACGCGAGCCUCUUCAGACCGUCUCUCGGAGCGCGAGAGGGCGCAUUCGGGCCAAGGCUCUGGGCUUCUGCGCAAGAACCCGUCCAAUCCCACUCCCGGUCUUCACGGUGGAAGUGGUCUUCAUGGACUCGCACCCAUGACGAGGAGCAUGAGCCCUAUGAGUCAACUCAGCGCACCUUCGCCCAUCAUGGACGGAAGUCGACGUGGCAGCGCUGCCAGCACCGGCGCCUUCUCCACGGGUCCUCGCAGCCCUCAAGUCCGCAGCCCGCUCGGCUUCGCGAUGCAAUCGACGCCCUCAUCGGCUCCUGUGACGCCUCACAGUGCCGGCCCACACUCGAACGGGUUCUUUGGUGGCCCUCCCUCGCGCGGCUCGGUGUCGAGCGCCUCCGGGAUGCCUCCAAAUGGCUUUGACGCCAUGGGCUUCAUCAUCGAGCCCGGCGUGCCUCCUUGUAUGCCACUGUCCGACGAGCCUGAACUGCGCGAGAAGUGGGCUUCGGUGCUCAACGAGAACGACGUCGUGGCUGCCAAGAAGAGCCGAAAGGUCAAGAAGCUGGUGCGAACGGGUGUCCCCGCUUCGAUGCGCCGCGACGUGUGGCUCUUCCUCGCCGAAGCGUCGGUGCGUCGACGACCUGGUCUCUUCGAGCAGCUCUGCAAGACGUCGCAAGCGGCUAAGGGCAAGAAGGGGAAGGAGGAGGCGUACGACACGAUCGAGAAGGAUCUCCACCGAACGCUGCCGGACCACCGCUUGUUUAUGGGCGACAACGCCACUGGGCGCGCUGAUCUCGAGGGCAUCCUCAAGUCGUAUGUCCACUUCAACCCUAUGCUUGGCUACACGCAGGGCAUGGGUCUGCUCGCUGGAUUCGCGCUGCUCCAGAUGCCCGCUGAGGACGCCUUCUGGCUCCUCUGUGCGGUGCUGCGCAACCCGCAGAUGGAAGAGUACUACUCGACAGGCAUGAAGCAGCUGCACGUCGACAGCGUAGUCUUUGACAACCUGCUCAAGACCAUGGACCCGGAGCUCCACGGUCGAUUCGAAGAGGUAGGAUUGCAGUCGAUCAUGUUUGCGCCCAACUGGUUCCUGCCGCUCUUCACGCGCGUGUUGCCGUGGACGACGCUGGUGCGCGUCUGGGACGUGUUCUUCUACGAAGGUCCGACGUGGCUGCUCCGUGUCGCACUGGCGAUCGUUCGUAUUCUCAGAGAACAGCUCAUGAAUAGGCAGGCUUGCCCUAGCGCAGGUGAAAUGCUCCAGCUCCUGCUUCAUCCACCUCCCCACAAUCUCACCGUGGAGAACGUGCUCAACUGCGCGUUUACGGUCAAGCUCAAGGAUGGAGAGAUGAGGAAGUUGAGCAGGACCGCAAGCAAGUUGGUUCGGGAGAAGAACUUUUUGAACCAGCCGGCGGAUGCGAGGGGUCGCGCGAGCGUCAAGAGGUCCGGCAAGGGCGCGAGAAGCACUAGUGCGCCGGCGAAGCGUUGA